AUGGCACCCCGCAAGAACGCCCAAUCCACACCAGCCGAGUUGUCGCUCGUUCACCUGCGCAACUGUCUCGUCAACCUCCCCUCCUCGCUGGUCUCCCUCUUGGUCAAUAUUAAUACGCCUGCUCAGAAUGUAGUUGUCGAGCUCGCCUACCGAACCCCCCCGUCCGGCGGUGCCCCUUCCACCCCGCCGCAGUCCAUCUUCGUCGGCUGGACAGGCAUGCCCACCAAGCGCAAGGUCACACCCGUUGUUGGACGCGACGGCAUCAAUGGCAUCAGGGGGAACCCAUCCUCUCGCGACCAGGACAUUGGUCUUGUCGAGAUAGACGCGACCCUCGCCAAUACCCUAGGCCUGACCGACGGCCAGAAGGUCACAGCCUCGAUUCACGUCGACCCUCCGCUGGUCCACACCAUUAACCUUGAGCCUCUAACUCCCGAAGACUGGGAGAUUAUUGAGCUUCAUGCCACAUUUCUGGAGCUCAACCUCCUCUCCCAGGUCCGCGCACUGCCGAAUCCAGCCUUCAAAUCCGCUUCAGGCCAGCCCGUGCCAGCCCACGCCUUGACUCUGCACCUUUCUCCGACCUCCACCGCGCGUAUAAAGACAAUCUCCCUCGACCCUCCUCCGCCAGCAGACUACCCAUUCGCCAAAAUUUCUCCCGACGCCGAGGUCAUCGUCGCUCCCAAGACCCGCCCGAAAACGACCCAGUCCUCGUCCGAGAACCGCAGCGUUGCCAGCACGUCCAAGUCGCGCCGCAGCGGCACCAGCUCCGGCCGUAAGAAGAGCACGCGCGAGCGCAAGAACAAGAUCACUCUCCGGGGUGUCGACAGGAAUACGUGCCUCGACUGGUUCGAAGAGGAGGUCAUGGCGCCUGACUUCAGCAUCUGGGUCGACCACGAUCUACUGCAUGCGCGGGGCUUCAAUGGCGUCAACUAUGUGCUGGUGACCGUGCUGCGCGAGUCUGGGAGCGUGGCGAACACGACUCGCCCCCAGGCGGACGACCCAGCGCCGGUGACUUCGCAUGUGGCGACAAAAGUGGUCGCCCACCUGCGUGCGUGGGAUGAUCCGCCGGACAGCAAGCCUGCUGCUCUGUCAUCGCCUCUAUGCGCGGCCUUGGGCUUCACCGGCAUGGUUGGUGGUAUCAUUGAGAUAGAAGCAGCCUCGCAGCCUGUGGGUCGGGACGCGGUGCAGAAGCUCGCGGUCUAUCCCUUUGCCACAUCCAAAAAGACGAGCGAGGGCCUCAAGUUUGGUUCGGAAUCCAAGGCCGAGAAGGAAGAAGCUGCAAAGACGUUCAGACACAUCUAUGCGGGCUCUCAGAAGACCUCGUCACUCCUUGCGGGUCCUCUCACCGAUGGCACGCUGUUCGGGUUGUACGACGGCCUCGAAAGCCCCCAGGGGUGGGAGGGUGGUGUCAUCAAGUUCGAGCCGGCACCGAGCUCGCCUGACUCGAAGGAACCGGGCAGGUGGACCCUCGGAAUCAGCGAAAAGACUCCCAUCGAGUUUCAGGCUCCUAUUCCACGCCCCGCAUGGAUGACCGAGGACAGCAUUGCGGAGCCCCUGCCUUCAUACGAUGGUCUCCUUCUCUUAACCCGGUGCCUCGGGUUCCCGGCAAAGACUUCCGUCGCAAAAUACGUGGCGCAGAGGCUGCGCGAAGACUCCUUUUUCCACACAACCUAUUUCUCCUGCAAAAAGCUUGUCAACGACGAAAGCCGAAUGGCCUCCAUCAGAACAGUUCUGAAUCAGCUGUUCCUGACGGCCAGCUGGGGGGCCAAGUUCGGCGGCAAGGCUGUGAUUAUCCUCGACGACCUCGACACAUCGUGCCCCGCAGAGACGGAACUCCAGACAACGGACAACGGUCGCAGCCGUCAGGUCAGCGAGAUCAUGAGCUCUAUGGUCAGGCAGUAUUGCAGUGCCGAGAGCGGCGUAGUGCUCCUAGCAACAGCGGAGGGGAAAGAGGCGCUCAACGAGAUCAUUGUGGGAGCCAAUGUCUUUCGAGAGGCGAAUGCGGGCUUGAACUUCAUCAGCGUCAAGGGUCCUGAGAUUCUCAAUAAAUACAUCGGUGCAUCCGAGAAGAGUGUUCGAGAUUUGUUCGAGCGAGCAUCAGCAGCCAAGCCGUCGGUUCUCUUCUUCGACGAGUUCGAUUCGAUCGCACCCAAGCGUGGCCACGACUCCACAGGCGUGACAGACAGGGUAGUCAACCAGCUUCUUACCCUUAUGGACGGCGCUGAAGGUCUCUCGGGCGUGUACGUCCUCGCCGCUACCUCGAGGCCAGACCUCAUCGACCCGGCCUUGCUUCGUCCUGGUCGUCUCGACAAGUCCCUCCUGUGCGACCUCCCGACCCUCGAAGACCGCGUCGACAUCCUCAAGGCUCUUUCUCAGCAGGUCAAGUUGGACCCCGAAAUGUCAGAGUCCGAUGAGGCUUGGACAGAAAUUGCUCGUCGCUGCGAGGCCUUUUCGGGCGCCGACCUUCAAGGCCUCAUUUCCAACGCGCAACUCGAGGCCAUUCACGAUGUGCUCCAAGAUGACAGCCAUAACGAGCCUGUGGCGAACGGCAAAACAAACGGCGUCCACAAGGCUGAAUCUGUUCCGAGCUACGUGCAGUUCCCCUACUGCGAGCCCGAGGAGCCGUCAUCUACGUCCUUGAUCCAGUCGAACAAGUUCCACGAGAAGGCAGCUAUCAUGGCUAAGCUUGAAGGCAUAAAGCAAGCGCGCAAAAGGGCGAGGCGUGCGCAGCAGCCGGAAGCGGUCAAGGCGGCGGUGGAGGACAAGGAAGUCGUCGUUGGGUGGAAGCACCUUGUCAAGGCGCUCGUGGAAACGAAGGCCUCAAUAAGCGCGCAGGAGCGCAACAGGCUGAAGAGAAUAUAUCACGAGUUCGUCGUGGGUCGCAGUGGAGAAAUGAAGGAUGGACAGCCUAGCAUGGAGAUUGGGGGGGCGGAGAACUUGGAGGGGAUUGAACGCGAAGCGAAGAAGGGAAUUUGA